UCCAAAACGGUUGGACGUUUAUUGUCGUUGAGACUGAUUUUGCGAUAUCACAAUUCGACUUAUGCACACUCCUUGAACCUGAAGAGAAAAGGAAAUCCUCCGGUUAGUUUGAUUUAGACGAUUUAAAAGAUUUCAGCUUAACUGCUAAGAAAACCCACGAGAGGUAGAAAAUAUAGAACAACUAAUAGAUUACAGUACAUAUUUGUUUGAAUAAAUUUCAGUCCCAAAAUGGACAGGCUACCUAAAUAUGACGUUGAUUCAGUAUUUGAAAUUAUAAAACAUAAAGGCGAAAUAGUGUUAGACAGUGAACAAUUCAUGCUUAUAAAAAGCACACCUGUACCAUUGCCUAAUAUUGUAAGUCUCUCAAAUUUACUGGAACUUGCCAAAAGCUCAAUGAUAAGGAUACAAGAAGCAUACAACGAGAGAACCAACGAAUGUAAUGUUAAUCCUGACUUCCGGAAGUCCUUGGAGUUAUUGUAUGAAGUUCUUCAUGCCUUUCCAUAUUAUAAGUCAUCUCUUGAGAGGUCAGAGAUAAUUAACAAGUUUGAACAGUAUGAAAAAGAGUAUAAAACAAUUGAAAUUGUAUGCGAAGUUUCCACUGAACUUUUCAAAACUAGAGACAAUAAAGAGUUUCCAGGCAUGCACGGAUAUCUGCAAGGUGAAAAUAUCAAAUCACUGAAUAUAUUGUUGUCAUAUUUAGUCCAUACGUCGGAGGAUAACCGUGAAUUGUGUAACAAAAUAGCACAGCUGACAGAGUUCUUAAAAGGAGCAACUACAAUACUUAAGCAGUGGUUAGAGCCUUAUUUUAAUAGAAGAAGCGAGCAGAUCACGGAAGGUGCAGAUAUCCUAGAAAUUCUUUACCGAUUGCUGUAUAUAGUAACCAUGUUUGAGGAAAACGUUCAAAGAAUUCGAGAUGUAAACUGUAUUGAAACAAUAAUACCGUAUCUAGAUUCUGACGACAACAGAAUUCGACUUCUCAGUUUAGCAGUCCUUAGUAAUAUAGCGAAUGAAUCUGAAAUUCAGACUUUGAAAAUCAACGAUGGCAUCAUCAAAUAUGUGGUAUGGGCACUUUCAAUGGCACUUAAAACUGAAUGUGACGGUUGGGAUAUCUGGUCAAUAAAAGAGCUAGCAAAAAUUGUAAAACAGGUGACUAGAAAUGAUUCCAACAAAAGAUUAUUGGUACAGCGGGGUGCAGUGCCACUUCUUGUUAUGAUAGCAGAACAAGGUGAAACAGAGGAACAAUAUGAAGCUGUGUGUUGUCUCUCGAAUCUAUCGCUUGACAAACAGAACAAAUCACAAAUGAUUGAGACGAAAGAUUGGAAAAUUAUUGAAACCCUCGAAAGAUUGGCUAAAUCACCCGAAGAAGCAGUUAAAAAUAUCAGCAAGGAGGCUUUGUGUACACUACAACACAACGAAAAUAGCACAGCACAACUAUCAGAAUGCUUACAAGAAAUCACAACAGAAGAAUCUAAUUGGAAGCAGAGUAUAUCUGAUGAAGAAUCGUCACUAGAUCGAAUUAAAUUGUUAUCAUGGAACAUCGAUGGUCUUUCUGAGGAUAGCAUCAAAGAACGAACAAGUGCUGUAAUCUCGAUCAUAAAUAGGGAAAGACCUGAUGUAGUAUUUCUACAAGAAGUCAUACUUGAUACGUUGGAGAUGCUGUCCAGAAAAUGUCUAGAUUAUACGUUUAUGGAAUCAGGUGUUGAAUGUUAUUUCACAGUCAUUAUGGUGAAGCAAAAUAGUGUUCAGGUUACAGACUCGAAAAUCAUUCCUUUUACUAGCAGUAAACAGGGGAGAACGUUACAAAGAGUUGAGUGUACAAUAAAAGGUUUACCUUGCCUGUUGAUGACAUCACAUUUAGAAAGUAUGAAAGCCAACAGUGAUGAGAGGAAACAUCAGAUGAAAAGAGCUUUGCACCAUGUGGUUAAUGCUAGUCGUGACAGAACUGUGCUUUUUGGCGGGGACUUUAACGUUAAAGACAGAGAGAUACGUGAAAUCAAGGGACUUCCCAAAGGUGUUUUGGACAUUUGGAUAGAAACCGGGAGAAAUAAGGAAACACAGUUUACGUGGGACACAUCUAUCAACACAAACCUGCAAUUGGCUGAAAAUCAAGACUUCAAACCUAAAAUUAGAUUUGAUCGCAUAUAUAUGAGACAUCCAAAAACAGACAACGUUAUAUCUCCCGUGUCGUUUCAGCUUAUUGGUAAAGAAAUAAUUCCCACAUGUGGUUUAUUCCCUAGUGAUCACUGGGGUCUUCUUGUACAUUUUGACAUAAACAUUAACACAACCAAGCCAUAAUGUUAGAUAUUGACUGAAGUUUUUUCAUCAAUGAACAGUCAGAUUUCUUACUUAUGUCGUAGUGUAACUGAACUGGGUUAAGCAGUGACGCUUGUUCGUUUUAUUGUUUUUUAUCCGCAUUGAUCUACUCAGUCUAGUUGUCAGUACCCCAUUAACGUGUUUGUUCAAUGAUUGUUUUUACGUUACAUUCAAGCAGAUGAGAUAAAACUUUGCUUUGGCUGGAGCAGAAAGAGAAUAUGUUUAAGUGGGUUGGGUCACUCCUUUCUUUGGAAAUUGUUAAUUAUAUUC